AUGGUCGAGUCGCUUCAAGAAGAAAACAGGUACGUACAAAAAUGCAUAGGACUUGUGCACUCAUUCUACAUUUCAGCUUCUCCCCGCAAAUAUGGGCAAUCAAAUUUCUGAUGGUCGCCCAACAAACAAGGAAACUAUCGAUCCGCAAUAGUAAAAAAAACGGAUAUCUCCUCGUUUUUCCAAUUUGUGUACAUUACAGAUUGGGCAUUGAAGAGAUGAAGAAGAAGAAAAAAUCAAAGAGAAAGUGUACAAUCUGUGGAGGUAACAGUUUUUGUGUCCGGCUAUUCCUUCUUGAUUUUAUAAAUUACAGGAAACAUUUGCAAUCAACCGAAGCAUCGAGAAGAAAAGUAAGACCCCCUUGUUAGGGUUCGCAGUUUUUUGAAUUCGCGCUCAUUUCAGGAAAGAUGACGAUUGA